GACGUAACGGUCUAAUAGCUCACAGGGCUAUAUUCUGACAUACAUGCAGGUAUGCUUUAUAUAGGUAACCUACCUUGGGUAAGUACCUAGGUAUCUAUAAUGAGAUGGCUACACGAGGUUUAUAUUGGAAGUGAGCAUCAUGAUUGAUAUCCCGCACAAUACCUGAGCAUCUAUCUAGGUUAGACAAGAAAGCAGGAAAGGAGACCUCACUAUGGCCCACAAAAAGGAUAUCAAACUUGUCCCUGACGAAAUCGACGAAAUCGCAGCAACGGAGCCGGAGUCGAUAUAUGGAAAGUAUCCCGCUGAUACAUCAAACUACAACGCUGGGUUUCGAAGCAUCACGUUUCGCCAGCUAGCCAAUGCUAUCAAUGGAGUUUCCCGAUGGCUAGAGAGCGAAAUUGGUCGUGGAGAUGCGGAACGUACGCCUACUAUCGCUUAUAUUGGGCCCAGUGACUUUCGUUAUGUCUUUACCUUUGUAGGUGCCAUCAAGGCGGGAUAUAAGAUGUUCUUCACCAGCCCUCGUAACUCUCUUGUGGCUCAUCUGGCUCUCUUAGAAAGCUUAGAGUGUACUGAGAUUAUCGUAGCUCGGUCGGUCCCCCCCUAUGUAGAUGAGAUACUACAGAGAAGGACGAUGCGGGUGUUAAGGAUAGAAGAAAUGGAGCAUUAUCUCGGCCAUACUUACGACCCUUAUCCUUAUGAAACGACUCUAGAAAAAGCCAAAGGGACUGGUGCGUUCGUCUGUCAUACUUCUGGCACCACUGGACUCCCUAAGCCCUGCAUCUAUACCCACGAAUUCAUACUACGGGCAGCUAGGAGCGCAUUGCUCCCGCCUCCACCUGGCUACACACAAACACAACUGGGCCACAAUACCCAUAUUCUCGUACUUCCCCUUUUCCAUCCUGCUGGUGUCAAUUUCACCAUUAUCAACGCUAUCUACAAUCGCUGCGUUGUGAUCAUACCAUCAUGGACAUCACCCCCUACAAUCGAGAGCCUCUUGGCGAUUUCACAGAAUGUAGAGGCUGACUGGGCAAUGACGGCCCCCUUUACUCUGGAAGCGCUCGCUAAGGACGAAGCAAUGCUGGAUCAGGUUGCUUCUCGGCUCAAGAUGCUGGUAUUUGGCGGAGGGAACCUCCCAAAGAAGCUAGGAGAUGCCAUAGCUAAGAAGAUUCGGCUCGCCAGUUCCUUGGGCUCAAGUGAAACCGCAGGUCUCCCGAUCUUACAUCCGGACGGUUUUGACACGUCGGACAACUGGGAGUAUAUGUCAUUCCAUCCGCAAGUUGGCGCGGUACUCGAGCCUCGAACGGAUGAUAGUUUCGAACUUGUUCUAGAGAAAACGGCGUCAACCCUCCCGUAUCAGCCAGUAUUUGACAGGUUCCCAGAGUUAGAGAAGUUCUACACCGGGGACCUAUUCAAGCAGCAUCCGACGAGACCAGACAUGUGGGCACACUCGUCCCGGGCAGAUGAUAUCAUUGUGUUUCUCAACGGCGAAAAAACGAACCCAGUAUCAUAUGAAAAUCACCUAAGCCAGCACCGGGACAUCGAGGGGGCCGUGGUGUUUGGAAGCCAACGAUUUGAGGCCGGCGUGCUCAUAGAGCUCAAGGACAAAAGGAUUCUAUCACCUCGGGAUACGCAAGACCAUAUUGAGAGGAUAUGGCCAACUAUAGAGCAAGCCAACCAGGAGUGCCCGGCGCAUGCUAAGAUAGACAGGUCACACAUUCUUUUCUCGAAGCCAGAGAAGCCCUUUCUACGGACGGCCAAGGGCACCGUGAAGAAAAAAGCUACACUCGAGCUAUACGCUGAAGAAAUCAACAGACUAUACCAAGAUAUCGAAUCCGUUGGGCCCUCUACCAGCAUGGAGAGUAAGAUUGACCUAAAUGACUUUGAGGCAGUACUCGAUGUGGUCCGAACAGCCUGCAGAGAAUCUACCACGCUAGGCGAAAUAGACGUGAAUGAUGACAUGCUGGCUCUUGGAAUGGACUCCCUGCAGAUCCUACACUUGUAUCGAAGUAUCAGGUCGAAGACCAACGUGGAAGCUCUGAAGCCUACGACGAUCUACGAAAACCCCACGCCGGCUGCACUGGCACGAGCAAUCCAGAAAGCAGCCAAAGGGGAUAGCCAACAGGUAGAUGAGAAAGAGAAGCGCAGGGCAAGACUCGAAGAAACCCUGGCAAAUUUCACGCGCCGCAUCGACCAAAUAGCCUCGACCCUAUCCUCGGAGACAACCACAGACAGAAAGCAGGAGAAGGGCACAGAAACCUCCCACGUCUGCAUCAUAACCGGCACAACCGGCACCAUCGGCUCGUACAUCCUGCGCGCACUCAUGUCAAACCCCAACAUCAGCUCAAUUUACUGUCUCAACCGCGGGCCCCCCUCCUCCUCCGCCACCCGCCAGCUAACCCACAACGCCGCCACCGACCCCACCCUCCCUCUCUCCUUCCCCCCUCACGUCCACUUCCUCGAAGCCGACCUCUCGCAGGCCCUUUUCGGCCUCCCCCCCGACAUCUUUAACAAACUAUCCGCGACCGCAACGCUGAUAAUCCACAGCGCCUGGUCCGUCGACUUCAACCUGCCGCUACCAGCCUUCGCCCCGCAUCUCGAGGGCGCCGCGAACCUGUGCCAGUUCUGCUGCUGCUGCCGCGCGCGAGGCCGCGCAACAAAGCCCAGGCUCGUCUUCCUCUCCUCCGUCGCCGCCGUCAUGGAAAGCCUCGCCCGGCCGGUGCCGGAAGCCAUCCCCGACGCCUUGUCCGCGGCGCCGGCGGCGGGCUACGCCGAGAGCAAGCACGUCGCCGAGCGCGUGCUGCAGCACGCAGCAGAAAAGCUGCGCAUCGACGUGUGCGUGGCGCGCGUGGGGCAGGUCUGCGGGGCGGCGCGCAGCGCGGGGCGGUGGAACGGGCGGGAGUGGAUCCCGCGGCUGGUGGCGGGCAGCGUGCGGCUGGGCGUGGUCCCGGAGGGGCUGGGCGCGUACGGCGCGAAAGGCGUGCGGGACGUGGAUUGGAUUCCGGUGGACGUGCUCGCCGACGUCGUGGUCGAGAUCGCGCUUCAGGGGCAGGGGCAGAGGCAGGGGGUCGAGGUCUAUAAUCUGGUGAACCCCCGCCGCACGACCUGGGCUAAGCUGUUGCCGGCUGUGCUCGACGCAGUGCGGGAUGUGAGGCGCGGGUCGGAUGGUGAUGGGAGCAGCGAUGACGGCGAAGCAGCACCCCUUCUCGUUGUCUCCCACGCAGAAUGGCUGAGAAAGCUGCGUGAUGCCGCCAAUGACAAUAACAGCCUCGAAGCCCACCAGCAACAGCAGGAGGAAGACUCGCUAGCCGGCGGUAAUCCGGCGCUGAAACUGCUCGACUUCUACGAGCAGAAGCUCGCGGCAAAGGUGUUUCCGGAGUUUGAGAUCGCGGCCGCCGUUGCGGCUAGUGCUACGUUGCGAGGGGCUGCUGCCAUCAGCCCGGAGGAUAUGGGGAAGUGGGUGAGGCUGUGGUUUAAAGAUGGGACAGGACGCUUCUAAAACAGGGAGGUUAGUUAGAGCACCUCUGCUGCUGUAGGGAGUUGCUGGUCGAGUGGAAACUGGAGGCGUUAAGCACCCCUUCCCAAUACAG